AUGCAAGCGCCUCUCGACCUUGCUCGAAUUAAGGAAGUCUAUGAAUCGUAUGAUUAUCAGGAUUUGGGGUAUAUAGAGGCUGCUGAUGCUCGGGAUGCGUUCAUUGAACUUGGUUAUGACAUUACCCUUGAGGAGAUGCUAAAAUUGAUCGAUGAGGAGAGUGCCAGUCAUGAACUGACUCGACAAUCCAGUGAAGACAGUCUCAGUUCAGCUCGUAAUUCGGAAGGUUUCAACCCAGAUAAAAUUGAAUUUUAUUUGUUUAUGGAAUUGUUGCAAAAGUAUAGUGCUUUAAAAGAUGAUGAGGCCAAUGAAGAAGAUAUUCUUGAUGCAUUUUCAGCUCUCGGAGGAAACUACAACAAGAGCGGCACCAUCUCUAUGAGCGAUGUCAAAUCGUUUUGCGAAAAAUUUGAACUCUCUUUUGAUGUCAUGCAGCUAGCGAAAGAGAACAACAUUCCCAUUGAUUCCCACAAAUUGGACUUUUCACAAUUUAAAUCCAUCUUAUCCAUUCCCAAGAAUCAAUAA